CCCUCACUCGGUCUCCCCACAAACCAGGCGCAAAAGAAUUUUAGUUUCUUAUCCAUUAUCGUUCAAAAAGAUAGAUAGACAGACAGUGCACAGCAACCAUAUACUUAUGGCUUGCAGUAGUAUGCAAAGUUUUUUUCUUGGCAGCCAUGCAUGUCCAGUCUCUGGACAUUUCACGCUUAAGAGAAAGAUUGGCCAUUCCUCCGUGAACUGUGCACAUGUUCUUGAUGGCCACGGUACUUUGGCUGCUGAUUGCAUACCAGUAGAAACAACUCAUUUUGGUACUUUAAAGAGAUCUUUCACAGAGAGGAAAUUUGAAAUUGAGGAUAGGGAACUAGGGAAUGGAAAAUUCGGGAGGUUCGGGGGUAAGUUUGUCCCCGAAACAUUGAUGACUUGUUUGAACAACCUUGAAACUGAAUUCAAGUCGGUUCUGCGUGAUUCUGAGUUUCAGGCAGAGCUGGCAACAGCACUGAGAGACUAUGUUGGGCGUGAGACACCACUAUAUUUUGCUAAAAGGCUAACAGAGCAUUACAAGAACGAAAAUGGAGAAGGUCCAGAGAUAUAUCUAAAGAGAGAAGAUCUAAACCAUGGUGGAGCACACAAGAUCAACAACGCCCUAGCCCAGGCGAUGAUCGCCAAACGCAUGGGCAGGACAAGCAUCGUGGCGGCCACCGGUGCCGGACAACACGGCGUCGCCACCGCGGCUGCAUGUUCCAAACUCUCUUUGGACUGCACCAUCUUCAUGGGAACCAAAGACAUAGAAAAACAAUAUUCUAAUGUUGUUUUAAUGGAGCUUCUAGGUGCUCAGGUUAAAUCCGUGCAUGGAAACUUUAAGGAUGCGACUUCGGAAGCCAUAAGGAACUGGGUGGGUGACUUGGAAAGCAACUAUUACCUAUCUGGUACAGUUGUGGGGCCCCAUCCAUGCCCCACCAUGGUACGAGAAUUCCAAUCGGUGAUAGGAAAGGAGACAAGGAAGCAAGCGAUGGAGAAGUGGGGAGGGAAACCGGAUGUGCUAGUGGCUUGUGUGGGAAGUGGGUCCAACGCAUUGGGAUUGUUCCAUGAAUUCUUAGACGACCAAGAUGUGAGGUUGGUUGGGGUUGAGGCUGGUGGCUUUGGGUUGGAUAGUGGUCUUCACUCUGCAACUUUGGCUAGAGGAGAAUUGGGUGUGUAUCAUGGAGCAAUGUGUUAUUUGUUGCAAGAUGAUGAUGGACAGAUUGUGGGACCGCACUCAAUUGGUGUGGGGCUGGAGUACCCAGGGGUGAGCCCAGAGCUGAGUUUUCUAAAAGACGCAGGUCGAGCAGAAUUUUAUACUGCCACAGAUGGUGAAGCUCUGGAAGCAUACAAACUUUUGUGUAGAAUGGAAGGCAUAUUCCCAUCCUUGGAAGCCUCACAUGCAUUGGCAUUUUUGGAAAAACUAUGUCCUACAUUACCAAAUGACACAAAAGUGAUCGUAAAUUGUAGUGGUCGCGGAGACAAGGACGCUGCAACUGUUCUCUCCAGCCUUAAAUCCAAUAAUUGAUUACCUCCAACCAACCAAAAAUCCGGAGCUUCUGUUUUUCCCCCUUUUUUUUUAUUUUAUUUUAUCCCAUCAAUGUCCAUUAAUGAUGCAAUAGCACCUUAUUUAAAAAUAUUAACAAAUAAAUAAAAUAAACCAAAUGAAAAUGAAAUAAGAAGCAGUGAGAAUCUAUUAGUAAUUGAAUAAAAAUGGGACGAGAAGAUUUGGAUGUGGAUGUGUCUAACCAUAAUCUCGGCGAGAAGGAAGCCAGCUAGCGGAAACGAAGCGUAGUUCGAACGUCUUUGAGGCUUGACUAGAGAGUCGAUUCAAACUUGUAUACUUAUGUAUUAGGGAAAUGACUAACAAAGUACGAUGUAUACUAUUUUUUUUUUUAUAUGAAAAAUUUUAAUUGAGUUUUUAAA